AAGUUAGGGGUUAGGGUAAAGUGUCGGUGCUAAAGCAAAGAAGUGAGGGUUGUGGGGGGCGACCUAUUCAAAACAAAAAUGGAAAGUGGUAAUGCGAUGAGAUUGGACCCUCUCUGUGUUCGGUAAAUAGUGGUCUCUCUGUCUGUCCGAGUUGGGAGGGAGAGCUGAAUUUCAGAAUUGGAGAGACCGUCCGUUAAACAAGAACAGGAACAAAAACAAAAAUACGUUUUGGAAUCCGGUUGAAAUCCCUAAACCUAAACCUAAACCUAAACCUAAACCUAAUCCUAAGCCUAAACCUGGCUUCGGACAUCUGGAAACGCUUGUUCCCACAGCGAUCCAGGAGGUACGGGUCCGUACUAAUAAUCCCUCCUGGAAUCGGGUUAGGUCGGCCAUCUAAUAAUCCCUGCAUGGAUCUGAACCUGUUCAAGCUAUGCUCCGGCCUCAAAUUCCUGGGUUGCUUGAUCAUCGUCCUCGUCGCCGCUAUUAUCGCCGUCUCUUAUUACGCCGUCGUCAUCCUCACUUGGGGCCCUCACUUGCUUGAUGAUCCCUUCACAUUCACGUCCUUCUUCUCAUUCACUGUUAUCCUUGUCUUUCAUCUCCUGCUUCUAUUGUUACUGUGGUGCUAUUUCAUGGUAGUCUUUCGUGACCCUGGUUCUGUUCCUGAAAACUGGAAGCCAGUGAUUGAGGAACAGAAUUUUGAGGCGGGCACUUCUUCUAUGCCAUUUUCAGAUUGUGUAGAGCCUCAGAAUUUGGCCGCUACAUUGUCUUCUUCAGAUGGGCUGGAAAGAAGACCUGCUGUAGUCUACUGCAGCCAUUGCAAAAAUGGAAAGCCUCCACGUUGCCAUCAUUGCUCUGUUUGCCAAAGAUGUGUUCUUAAGAUGGAUCACCAUUGCGUAUGGGUGGUGAACUGUGUUGGAGCACAAAAUUACAAGUUUUUCCUACUUUUCCUGCUCUAUACAUUUCUGGAGACAACAAUGAAUACUUUAGUAUUGCUGCCGACUUUUAUAAAUUUCUUCCGAGAAGCCAAGAACCAUUCUGCUUCACCAGGCAAUCUCGCUAUUACGUUUUUGGCAUUUGUUUUGAACCUGGCUUUUGCACUGAGUCUUCUUUGUUUCCUAAUUAUGCACGUGUCUCUUCUGUCUAGCAAUACCACUUCAAUAGAGGUCCAUGAGAAGAAAAAAGCUGUCAGGUGGAAGUAUGACUUUGGCCGGAAGAAGAAUUUCGAGCAGGUUUUUGGCGCAAAAAAGGCAUUUUGGUUCUUUCCAUUGUACUCAAAAGAAGAUAUGGAGAACAUACCUGCACUUGAAGGCCUAGAGUUUCCUACACAUCCUGAUGCCGAGGUGUGAGGUGUUUUGACCUUUUUCAGGCAGUUAAGAUUGACUACCAGUGUUCCAUUGUGUAAAUCACUUGAGAUAUGCAUUAAACAUCAGGUUCUGAAAGGUGUGUUUCUCAUAAUGAUCCAUUCUUGUAUUUUCUUAAUUUUAGCUCUUGUUUAUAAGAUGUAUACAACAAGUUUGGCUUGAAAGGGUUACAGUUUUUUUUUUUUUUAAAAGAAAAUUUAAGUAUGUUGUUUGCUGGGUAUUUAUUAAAGGGUGUGUCCUCUUACAAGGAGCUUUAUUGUUUUUGUUUCA